AUGUCUCAGAGGAGCAAAACCUCCUCCAGUCAGAGUUCCUCCUCCUCCUCAUCAUCAUCAGAUCCUCCAGAGCUCUGCUCGGCUUUAAAGAGCAGCACCAAGGAGGCGAGGGACGCUCCACCGAAACGGAAGUUCAGCCAAACCUCGGCCACGGUGUACGCCUCCUACCUCAACACGCUCUUCGGGCAGGACAGGAAGUUGAUGCCGGAGGAGCUGGAUGAGCUCCACUUGGCCUUUAAGGAGUUCGAUUACGAUCAGGACGGGUAUCUGCACUAUAAGGACGUGGCCGACUGUAUGAGGACCAUGGGUUACAUGCCCACUGAGAUGGAGCUGAUCGAGAUCAUCCAGCAGAUCAAGAUGAAGUGGGGCGGCCACGUGGACUUCGAUGACUUCUGUGAGCUGAUGGGACCGAGGAUGCUGAUGGAGACGGCUCACAUGGUGGGGAUGCGAGAGCUGCACUGCGCCUUCAAGCAGUUUGACAGCGACGGUGACGGGCGGAUCAGUUACGAGGAGCUGAAGACGUCCAUGAAGACGCUGCUGGGUGAGAAGCUGAAGAAGGGCGAGCUGGAGGAGAUCCUCUCCGACAUCGACCUCAACGGAGACGGAAUCGUGGACUUCGACGAGUUCAUUAUGAUGCUGUCGGCUCGGUAG